CCUUCAGUCUUCUGCGGUUCGUGAGCUUCUUCACUCAGCUCUACCCCAUCGGCACCAAAGAUCUGCGUCUUAUUAAGGAGACUCAAACUUGAAUUUUACCUAAAAGUUGAGACCAGCAGCUCAGAUGUCUACACUGAACUCACUGCUCUCCAAGAACCAGCAGAGAACAAUCUGCUCUCAGCUGGGAAGUGUCAAACUGAAGCUGCUCUAUAAAGCCACGGUCCACGGCUUUACUGGUGCUGCCUUCCACCAGCGAUGUGACAACCAGUCACCCACUGUGUCUGUGGGCUACAAUGCCUCUGGUUACGUGUUUGGAGGCUACACCAAGCAACCUUUUAGCCAGUCUGGGCAAUAUGUGAAUGAUGACCAGGCUUUUAUUUUUGGUUUGACUGGUGGAAUACUCCAAAAAUAUCCAGUUACAAAUUCUGCAUAUGCCAUCAAAAUGAUUGCCAACUGUGGUCCUUAUUUUGGAGAAUCCCUAGUUCUUGUUAACGGAAGCCAACCAGUGACUCACAGUAAUCCACAAAGUUAUUACAAGUUCAAUCCUGCAGAGAUGCACGGCAAUGACCUGAAUCUGACUGAAUGUGAAGUUUACCUGGUGGAGGAAUCUACUGAACUUGAGACGCCAUGGAGGAAUGUCAUUUGGGAAUCUGGGAAAAGAAAGGAGCUGAUGGAGAGCAUCAAAAACUACAAGCCCCCUGUCAGUUCUGUGUCCCAGGCUCGGGUUUUACUCAUUGGACAAGUUGGAGCUGGAAAGUCCAGCUUCUUCAACUCCAUCAACUCUGUAUUCAGAGGCCAUGUCACCAGCCAGGCCAUCUCUGGCUCUUCCCCCACCAGCCUCACCACUCAGUUUCGAACCUACUCUGUGAGAGAUGGACGAGGAGGCAAACCUCUGCCAAUCACCCUGUGUGACACCAUGGGACUGGAGGACAGCAAAGGGGCGGGGCUUGAUGUUGAUGACAUCAGCAGCAUCCUCAAAGGACAUGUGCCAGACUUUUACCAGUUCAACCCCGCUGCUCCUCUGCAUGCUGAAGUUCAGGGCUAUCGCAAGUCUCCAGGUGUCAAAGACAAGAUCCACUGUGUGGCUUAUGUUAUUGAUGCCUGCAAGGUCUCCAUUAUGCCCACAAAGCUGGAGGAGAAGCUGGACGCCAUCCGCAGAAAGGUCAACCUUUUGGGGAUUCCUCAGCUGGUGCUGCUCACUAAAGUCGAUGAAGCGUGUCCUUUGGUGAAACAGGAUCUUAGAAACGUCUACAAGAGUGGAUACAUCCAGGACAUAAUGCAGGGCGUCAGCACCAAGGUGGGGGUGCCGCUGUCCUGCAUUGUUCCAGUGAGGAACUACAGCGGGGAGCUGGAGCUGGACUUGAACUGCGACAUCCUGCUGCUCAGCGCCGUCAUCCAGAUGCUUCGCUUCGCCGAUAACUACUUCGACGAGCUCAGCGACCGACUCAGCAGCACUGAGUUGAAAGAUUAAGAAUUUGUUCAAACAAAACCUGUGAGAAACAGCUCAGCCUUAUCUACAGGGUUUAUACACAGUCACACAUUUAUCUAAAAGCCACAGCAUUUUACAUAUUGAAAAAAAAAACCGAACAAAAAUAGGAAAUCUUCAAGGAGGCAAGUAGGUUUUCACUGCCAUGAAUGUUGAUAAAGGGCUGAAAUCAAGUAAAAUUUAGUAAAUUUACCUCAGUUUGCAUGUAUAAAAGUCAUUUUCUUUUGGAAAAAAUUGCUCUUUGUUUUACAUUAUAAAUAUUUUUGUUAGGUUGCUCCCAUCUCUUGCUUUAAAAGCUCACUUUUUGCUCAUUUACCAAGUGUGCUUUUGCUACAAAACAUUUCAUUGUAUUUGUACUGAAAUGUGCUAUACAAAUAAAUUUGCCUUGCCUAAACUUUUAA